AGGAUGUUUCUCUACAUGUACAUACUGUCUGUAGUUUCUGUCAUAUGUAUAGCAGUUGAUGGUAAUGUUACAUUUCAUGUAGGUCACAGUUACGGAAAUGGAUCCUUUAGUGCAAUACAUGGCCGUAACGGUAAAAGCACACGACUUUGUCCGCCCGAUUGGACGCUAUUCGGAGAUUCCUGUUAUGACGUGAUCAAGGAUAAGGAGGAAUGGACAGAGGCCAAUCAUAUUUGUGAAAUACACUGGGGCUACAUGGCUGUGAUUGAAUCUUCAGCCGAGAAUGACUUUGUAAAGGGCCUAAUCAAGAUGGAAGGUGUCACUGAGGACGUAUGGAUUGGUGCCAAUGAUUUGCAGGAAGAGGGGGUAUUCCGCUGGGCAGCAACUAACCAAAAGCUGAACUUUGCUGACUGGAGAGCUGGAGAACCCAACAGCAUCCACAACAAUGAAAACUGUGUGGAGAUUGAAUAUUUUCUUCAGGAUCAGUGGAAUGAUGACCUGUGUACGAAAAAACAAUAUUUCAUAUGUGAAAAAAGACCGAGCGGUAUAGUGGGCUGAACCUCUACCACAGUUGGAAUAAAAGGUUUUCACAUGC